CUCACCAGCUUUUCCCAACUCUUGCUCUACGCUACCAUGUCGUCCCCCGGUACACCAGAUGCUGGGGCAACGUCCCCCUCUGCUAGCUCUACCGAUGGCAUCCCUCCGAUGGAUCGCAUCAUCAUCGAAUACCUGAAAGCCCGUGGGCAUAAGCAAGCGAGCGAGACGCUUCUGAAGGAACUGCAGGAGGGGGGCUCCUCGGCGGACAAGGGAGCGCUGCCAGAAACUCUGUCUGCAGAUGAUCUGCUCAAAGCGAUUGCUGUCUACGCACACAACCCCGCACGACCUAACGAUAAUGUGAUGAACUCAAGCGCGACUGUACUGCAGGAACUGUCCAGAAUGUCGAACCCAGCGAGCAUACAGAACCUGAUCGCAAGUCUGGGAUCAGUGGGGGCGGAAGAGAUCCUGUCGCAUGAGCCCUCCGACAAGGAGGAAGGCUUCAGGGAGUUGCAAAGCUGGGUUGAUGGAUCGCUGGACAUGUAUCGACCGCAAUUCAGACCCAUCCUCUUCCCUAUCUUCUGCCACUUCUAUCUUGACCUCAUCCAACAUGGCUUCAAGGACUCUGCCCAGCGCUUCUUCCAAAAGUACUCACCCAGCUUUCAACAAACCCAUCACACCACACUACACCAUUUCUCUACCCUCCUACUCCCCGCCCAUGUUCAAAAGGAUGAGUUGGCCCAGCAAUUUCGGAACGUCAAAUACGUUAUCCGGAUGAGCAACACUGCGUUCGGUCUCCUCUUGGGAUGGCUUACGGAUGGAGUAAGCGGAGAGGCUUUUGGGAGCGGUGCUGGCUUCAAUGGGGAGAAGGGGAAGCGCGGACGGUCAGCGGUCAUGCGCGUGGUAAACAACCACUUGAAGUUUGACGUGACCCAAUCCAACAACACCGCAAUAUCUUGGGAAGAGAACACCGGCCUCCUAUCCUCCUUCAUUCCCCAACAGCGCGGCGCCGCCGUAGUUUACAACCCCCAAGCCUUCAACGCCUCAAAAGGACAACUCAAACUCGGCCCCGCCCCCAUGCCCGAGGCCCAGCGCGCCGAAGUGCAGCGCACCCUCCAAGAGAAGGCCAUCGUGGAUCCGUCCGCGCAGGCUGAGCUGCAACUCUUGAAUCAGGCGCCCCCGCCGGGGUUGAUUGCGCCCACGGAGGCGGAUCUGCCGCCGAGGCCGCCGAACUUCAAGACGAUUGAUGUCGAGAGGGAGGUGCAUCGGGUGCAGGAUCAGAGGAGAAGGAUACGGUUGGAGCCGUCGACGCUGGGGACGAUGGAUGUGCAUUCGCCGCAAGCGAAUGCGGUGAGGGCGAGGGUGUUGCCGAGUAUAUGUUGUUAUACGCUGCAUGAUGUGCCGGAGGGCGCGCCGUGUGCAACCUUCUCGCAGGAUACAUCGUUGAUGGCAGCUGGUUUUGCUGAGAGCUACGUGCGGCUGUGGUCCUUGAACGGUGAGAAGCUACGAGGUCUACGGAAUGACAUACCUUCGCAUGUCAAAGACUCUGCUGGCCUUAAGCGCGCGAAAGAGAAGAAAGGCAGCACGACUCGAAAACUCAUCGGACACAGUGGGCCUGUAUACUCCGUCGACUUCGACCCACUAUCUGGCUCUGCUGCGCCACCAAAAUACCUGCUCUCGUGUUCUGCGGAUGCUACAACGAGAUUAUGGUCCAUGGAUACCCUAACGAACGUCGUGGCAUAUCGAGGGCAUGAGAAUCCAAUAUGGGACGUGAAGUGGAGUCCGAUGGGGAUCUACUUCGCAACAGGCAGCCGCGACCGAACUGCACGUCUAUGGUCAACGGACCGGGUGUCAUGUCUCCGAAUAUACGCGGGGCAUCUCAGCGAUGUCGAUUGCGUCCAAUUCCACCCCAACGGCCUCUAUCUCGCCACCGGCUCGAGCGACUGGACCGCCCGCCUCUGGGACGUUCAAAAAGGCAGCACCGUCCGCGUCUUCAUCGGCCACCAGGGCAAUCUCUCCGCCCUGGCUAUGAGCCCCGAUGGCCGCUACCUCGCCUCCGCCGGCGAGGACCUCGCGAUCAACCUCUGGGACCUCGGCUCGGGCAAGCGCAUAAAGAAGAUGACCGGGCACACGUCGUCGAUAUACUCGCUGGCGUUCAGCGGGGAGUCGUCGAUGCUAGUUAGUGGUGGGGCGGAUUGGACGGUGAGGUGCUGGGAUGUGAAGGCGCCGGGUGGGUAUGCGCCGAAGAUGGCCAAUGGGAUUGCGGAGGGGGAGAAAAGGGGGCAUGGGGAAGAGCAGAGUAUCGAGACGACGGACUUGCUGUCGACGUUCCCGACGAAGAGGACACCUAUCACAAACGUUCAAUUCACGCCGAGGAAUUUGUGUUUGGUGGCUGGCAAUUACAUGUCUCCGGAUACCAGAUAAAUAAGUAACGAUACAGUGCGAUAUGUAUAGUAAGUUUCUUGACCUCGAGGUCAGUAAUGUAUAGUAAGAUGACAAGCAGUACAGGAAACAGCAGAAUAAGUAAAC